UAUUACAUAAUACAGAUAUGUAUCACUAGUUAUAUUUAACCCGUCCGUUAUUGCUGUGGAAAGAAUCGCGCUUUUUCAUGGCCUUUUUCAUGGUGAGUAGAAUAAUGUCUUUUCAGUGUACCCAGUUUAAAAAUAAAACGUAUUAUUGCGUUCAUAGAGCGAGUCUUUCACUGACUGUUUAGUUUAACAGAAGUUAAUCCCAUUAUUCGCGCAAAGCGUCAUGGGGCGUAGGAAUAAGGUGGAUAGGUGUGUUUGGGUUAUUUUAGAUAUUAAAAAAUAUAAUAUAUCAUAGAGUUGUUUGUGAUGGGUAAAUUAAACGCGAUAUGCAGUGACGUCACAAACGUGUUGCAUUGUGGUAUAUGGAGCUGGCUGAAGUGUACAUAUGAAGUAGACUCGUUCCCUCGGUCAAAAUCGAGGGAGCGAGGGUCUGUCCAUAUAAACUUCCCUCAUCCACUUCAUCACGUGGAACGCACUUCAAAAUGGCGGCAGGGAUUCCCCCGAGGGGACGUGCUUAGGGAAGUUCGCGAGUGCGUGUCUAAAAGUGGAGUGGAACGCAGCCCAGGAAGGUGAACAGUACGUAAUUAAUAUUCAUUAUAUCAAGUCUUACGCCACAGUAGUAUGUCCCGCUCACAAAUCAACUGUAAACUGAUUAUAUGUUUUCACGAGAGCCCGACUGAUGACUUAAAGUACAGAGCUGUAGAUAUUUCAUAUAGUUCAUGAUCUGAAAUAGUGUCGGCUACUUUUUUUUUAAACCACACCCCACACAACCCUUCAUAAACAGGUGAGGUCACGUCAACUACCGUCACUGACUGUACCGUGUGCUUCGGCAGGACACACCGGAUGUCAUGGCUGUGCCUUUACCUCAUGACAGCAGUGAUGCAGCAUUCGGGUGGUUCACCGAAUUCCAGCGCAACUGCAUUUUGAAGAAUGGAAUUGUUCCAGAAUGGUUCCACGGCAUAAUAUCCAGGAAGUAAUAGACCGAACACUGUAUUAUGUCACAAAGAUAAGCAGACAAGAAGUGGUUGCAGAGGAUAUGCUGAUUUGCAAACCCCCUGGUUACUUCCUCAUUCGUGUUAGCGAGAGCAGAGUGGGUUAUACUUUAUCUUAUCGAGCUGAAGAUCGCUGCAGACACUUCAUGAUUGACGUCUUGCCAGAUAACCAGUUUAUUAUAGUGGGAGAAAAUACAAACUAUCGUUCCCUCCAUGACUUGGUGGCCUUCCACCGCAGAAGCCCCAUUUUACCCUACAAUGAAUUGCUGACUGUGGCUUGUGAACAGGGUGGCAAAAAUAACUACGCUGAGUUGUUAUUUCCUCGAAAGAAAGAUGUAAACACUGGACAGGUUGAAUGGAUAAAUUCUUCACCACAAGCACAUAUGCCUCGUUCAGAUAUCUUGGAACACAACACGACUUCACCGCUACAAAACGAAUCGCCUGCGCAACCUACAAGUCCUUCUGCUAGACUGUAUCCAAGCUUGGAGACGGAACUAACCACUUUGAAUCUACAGAGCAUGGAUCAGCCAACAAAGCCUGUUCCAAAACCUAGAACAGUAUAUACUUCCACAACUCAUGACACGCCACCACAGUUACCACCCAGAAUGCGCUUGCCAAGUCGCCCGCAAGCGACAGCGGAGGCCGACAGAUCUCAAGGGUUGAUGUCUGUGAGCCCUGACAGACAUCAAAUCGCAGCCGACUCACCCGUUGAAGGCCGUACCCAACAGAAAAUCCAACAACAGUUGAAACCUGUGGUCUUGAGCCUGGCGCAAAUUAAGAAAAAGCUUAAAAAGAAGCACUCAGAGGAGCACACGUAUGAGGAGAUCACUAACAAUGCGUGUCAGGAGGAUCCGACUUUUCCUGUUUUGGAGAGCAGGACCAUGAACCCUAAACAAGUGAUGGAAAAUGAGUAUCAGGAUUUAUCUGAAUUUCAGUCAUCUGACGGUAUUCCCAACUUUGCAGAUAUAGAGUUACCAUUGGAGUACCUAAAUCCCCCUCCUUUUGCACCUGGUUACUAGAUAAAAACAUAAAGAUGAGUGUUUUUAUUCAAAGUUUUAUUGCCAUUGAAUAGUGUCAAUAGCUCUUUGUUGUGAUGUCCUUUUUCACUAUGUAUUUAAAUUUCUGACACAUCAUGUUCCGAACAGAGGUUUGUCAUCUAGAAAAACCUGUUUGACAGGGUAAAAUAUUUCAAUAUAACAAUGACAGAACGUGUUGUGCCCGUGGGAAUGAAUUUCUUUAUACUUCCAGAUUUUACUUCCUAAAAUCUAGCACUGUACAUAUCGGUAGAAACACACACUGUAAAUAUUUGCUUUUUACUGCAGUUGGUCAAUAAAUGUACAGACAAUCCAAGAAA